AUGCAGACACAAAUGAAAGGGUUGUCCCAAUUCUUCUUGGAUUUACGGAAUACCAAGGACUUGGAGGAAGAAAAUAAGCGGAUCAACCUAGAGAUGAACAACAUUCAACAAAAAUUCCGUUCCCCACAGUCGCUAAAUGGAUACCAGAGAAAAAAGUAUAUUUGUAAACUCAUGUAUAUAUACAUGUUGGGGUUUAACGAUGCUAAGGAAUUAGGGUUGGGAGAGGCAUUGCAGUUGAUUGAGUCGACGCAUUUUUCAGAGAAGCAAGUAGGAUACUUGGCAAUUUCGGUGCUAAUUAACCGAGAGGCGGGCCAGCUGGUGAAGGAGUAUAUGAACGACUUGUUAGAGAUGAUGCAUGGGGCUCUUGUGAGAGAUUUGCAGUCAAAUAAUGAAGAUGUCAAUUGUGCCGCAAUCCAAUUCAUUGCUUCGAAGUUCAAUGUGUUCUAUGACGGCGAUUUCUUGAGCGAUCCGGUGGUAAAGGAAUCGGAUGAAAUGGCCAAAGAGUGGCUAGAAUUGAUCGAUAUAGUGUAUUCGUUGAGUUGCUCGCCUAUCCAAAGCCCGCUCAUCAAGAAAAAAGCGGCUUUGGGGCUUUUGUCGCUUCUCAAAUUGUAUCCCCAGGUUAUACUAAGUAACAGUAAUUGGAUUCCUCGGUUAUUGACGUUGAUCGAUGACAAAGAUCUUGGUGUUGUCACCUCUUGUAUUCCAUUAGUCAAGUUCUUGAUCACCAUUAAGCCGCAGUUUGUAAAGUCGGUAGUACCCACUAUAUCCCAACGAUUAUAUGGAUUAGUUAUAGGAAAUACCUGUCCGGACACGUAUUUCUACUAUAAUACCCCAGCACCGUGGCUAAUCAUCAAAUUACUCCAAGUGGUGGAGCAUUUCUUUCUUUUGACAACAGAAGAUCACAAUAAUUACCAAAUUCCAGUAUUACAAGUUACCGAUCUAGAUUCUGAAACAUUGAAUAAUUUGCGACAGGUAGUAUCGAGAUCUAUACACAACGCAUCGAAGCAAAUAAAGGGCCUUCCUAAUAGGAAUUCUCAAAGUGCUAUUUUAUUUCAAGCAGUAUCGCUUGCAGUAUUUCUUGAUGCUUCGCCUGAUGCCAUAGCUGGCGCUAUUAAUGCGUCUAUACUAUUGUUAGACUCCAAUGAAACUAAUACCAGGUACUUAGCAUUGGACGCGCUAAUCAAACUAUCGGCAAGAGCAAGCCCCGACAAUACCAAUCAUUCAAUAACCCAAAGAUUCGAUCAACAUUUGUUAAAAUUAUUCGAAUUAUUAACGGAUAAAGACAUUUCUGUUAGACGAAAAUCGCUCGAUUUAUUAUAUACCGUUUGUAACCCACAAACAUACGAGACGGUUAUCAAGAAGUUACUUCACUAUUUUCCUUAUUCUGACUUCACUUUAAGAUCGGAAAUUGCGAUUAAAAUCGCAGUUUUAGCUGAAAGAUUUGCGACUGACUCUACGUGGUAUGUUACGACCAUGUUAAAGCUAUUAUCUAUUGGUGGUGGAAAUUCUAAUGGUACGAGUUAUAUUAGCAAUGAAGUCUGGGAAAGAAUUGUUCAAAUUAUUGUGAAUAAUGAAAGUUUACAACUGAAGUCAUGUAAGCUUAUUAUAGAACUAUUGCAAGAUCCUUUACAAGCGAACGGGCACACCAAGUCGCAGCCAGUUAUAAAUACAAUUCUGGAAAACCUUAUUAAAGUAGCAGCUUUUAUUUUAGGUGAGUUUGGGCAGAUGGCCGGAGAAGAUGAAGAAACUGAUCAUGACCCAACUGGGUCCCCUGAGCAAUACUUACCGUCUGUUCAAUACCAAUUAUUAUAUGAAGCAUAUUUCCGCGUUUCCUUAGUCGUGAGAGCAAUGUUGCUAACUACGUUCUUCAAAUUUUUUGUCAAAUUCCCGAAAGAGGAUUUUGCGGCCGAUAUCGUGGAUCUCUUUGAGGCAGAGACUCAAUCUAUUGAUAUUGAGCUUCAAACCAGAGCAUACGAAUAUCUCAAAUUGACAACUAAUGCGGAUAAUCGGAACCUAGCGCUUGCAGCGGUUAGACCUUUACCGAUUUUUGAAAGAAAGACUAGUGCUUUAAUGUCGAGAAUUGGGAGUGUUCAAAAAAUUGCCAGUAAUAGGAACAGGUCAACAUCAUUUGUCAGUGCUCUGAAAAUCAAUAAUGGGAAUAAUGGUACCGUCGCCAGCAACCGAUUAUCUUUGGCCAACAGCAGCUCAGAACACCUUGCAACCAGACAGCUUUACAAUCAUUAUCCAUCUACCUCGAGUGUUGCCUUACCAACCACUAAAGAAGAAGACGAUGAUCUUUCUGAGGAUGGUAGUAAGGAGGAAGCAAAUCCAUUUGGAGACGACGAUCCUCCGAUUGUGUUGUCUCCCAAUUGGUAUAGCGGAUAUCACCGUAUGUGUCAUUAUGAUGCUGGUAUCUUUUAUGAAAGUCAAUUCAUUAAAAUAAUAUACAGAAUCGUCAAAGACGGUCACCAAUUGCGACUACAAUUUACUAUUAUCAAUAACUGUGCCAAGACGACCGGGGUAGAUAUAACAAAUUUAAGAGUGUUAAAUAUAGAAAGUUUGACUAAACCGGAAGACCCCAAUUACAUCUUGAACUUGAAGCAGUUGCCAAAGCUGACUGUGUCUGAUAAAACAACUAUGGAAAUAGAUAUCAAAAUUCGGAAUGUGGUUGAGAACAAUGAAAGUCCUAUUUUAUCUCUAACGUUUAUGUGUGGCGGGUCGUUCAACCAGUUGAAUUUGAAAUUCCCAGUCAUUCUAUUGAAAACUGUGUCCUCUACAGCAAUGGCAGAUCUCGAUGAUUUCAAGAAGAGAUGGUUGCAAAUUGGCGAACUAUUGGGUGUUGAGCAAGGUGAAUCUACCGCAAGGGUCUUGACAUCGCACAGAUAUAAUUCAUCAAACGUUGUGAGAUUAUUGUCCAGGUUGGGUUUUGCUGUCGUCUAUAAUACUAGUGAUGAUAGUGACCAGGGCAUAUUAGUUAUGGGAGCCGGUAUUUUGCACACGCAGAAAUCGAAAUAUGGUGUGUUGACUACAAUCAAAAGCAUCGAUGCGAUCGGCAGGGAAUUUGAGGUCCUGGUAAGGUGUACCGGGGGCGGUAUCCCCGAGAUCAUAACUUCAACUAUGAAGGAAAUCAUGGAAGGCAAGUUUUAG